UCGGGGUAUAGAGUGAAUUUGGUGUGCGAAAGUCAUACGACUUGUGUCAUCUGACUGCUCUUCCUUCAAGAUGGCUCCUCCGCCGGAGUAUGAUAAGGAACCUAAAGCCCCAGAUAAAAGUGCUACAAAUAUAUCCACUGAAGAUUCAAAACUUAUACACAAUCUAGUAAACGACCAGCAUACAAAUUCAGACCACAAACCAACAAAUACGGUUGCAGCCGUUGAAGUUGAGAAUAACAAACAUGUAGAGACUUUGGAUGAUGGACAAUUACGUGCACUCUUGGACGAGGCUAUUACAUACAAAUGCCCUAAAGAUCGAGAGGGUAAAAGCAGUCUAUUUAAGGAGUUGUUGGAGGAGGUGGAGCAGGACGAGCAGGCGUGCGAGGCGGCGGCACGCACGCUGAGCGGGGCGCGCGGCGGGCGGCGCGGCGCGCGCGGGCGGCGCGCCCUGCCGCACUCCAACUCGCUGCAGGACCUGGUGGCCGCGCUGGCCGCCGAGCCCGCGCCGCGCCGCCACCACGUGCGCCACCACGCGCCCGCGCCCGCGCACAGCAACGUGUCCGCGCGCGCCAUCCACGGCGGCAGCCUGCCCUCCGGCGUCGACACCUCGUCCCUGCUGAGCGAGGAGCCAGCUCGAGGCGCGGGGUACCUGGCCACGGUACGCUGCGUCAACCCCCCGCCGCUGGCCGAGCGGAGGGUAUCCGCCAGCGACGCCAACACGCCGGCUGAGAUGGAGCUUCUCAACAGAAGAAGUAAACCGAUGUUUCCGAUGACGUACACGGCUCGCGCUACGUUGGAAAUCGGCAGCGGCAGCGUGUGCUCAGGCCGCGCCGUCACCACCACCACUGCAUCCAACCAGGUCGAUUCCGCCAUAUCGUUUAGUUGCAUCACAACACCGGAGGUUGUGGCCAGUUGCAACACGACGUCGUCCUCGGCACAGUCGGCCGUCGCCGUCGAUCCUAAGCCUCGCAGCAUGAUCUCCAGCAGCUUCAACGGACUGCCACUGUCGCGACCCAACUACGGUUCUACCGGUUCUUCAGCCACAGACGACUACAAGAAAUCUCUUGACGAAAACGGCAACUCGGUACAAGGAUUCAGUUCACCUCUCUCGGGAUCUAGUCAACACAAAAAACCAAGGAGGAAAAAGUCUUCAAAAAAUGAAACUGUUAUUGACUGCCAGCAGAUUGACGGCUACCAAGGAGAUAAAGAUGUUAACGAACUUUUACGGUUUAUUGAAUCGAACGCAGACAACGGCCGCACUCCUAAGCUCGGUCGCGUCAAGCACAAGGACGACUCUGACGACAAGAGUGGCAAGAAACGCUCCACCGAGCGACGCAAGGACAAAGAGAACAAGAUCAAGCGCGCCUCCUCUCUGGAAGAGCUCUCGCGAACAAAGAUCGAGGACCUCACCGACGUGGCAGAAUCUCCCCUGCGCGGCGACAAGAAGGACCGGCGCGGCGACAACACUCCUGCCAAGGCCGAGCGCCGCUCCUGGGGAGAGGACGCGCGGGACGCGCUCGCGUACACCGAGUUGGCCGCCGACAGCCCCGCCGCCGCCGAGCUCACCGACUUCCAGACCGUCACCAAGAAGCGCAAGCCGCGCCGCCGCACCGACGAGCACGACCGCGAGCCCGCCCCGCGCCGCGCCCGCCCGCCCUCCCCCCGCGCGCGCCGGGAGUCCGCGCCGCCCUCCGACCGCAGCAACGACUCCAACGACGACAUGGACUCCGUGCAUUCGCUCCCCCCGCGCCGCCAGCCCCGCCGCCGCCCGCCGCGCCCGCCCCGCCGCAUGCCUCUUACGCUGAGAUCGCGCGGUGCCGCUGCGGCCGCCGGCGACGCAGCGGGAGACGCGCCGGGCGAGGCGGGCGGCGACGGCGGCGCGGACGCGUCCGGCGACGCCGACGGGUACCCCGCGCUGGAGGCCCGCGCGGCCGCCCGCCGCCGCGACCUCAAGCCCGCGCCGCCGCUGCGCCGCGAGCGCAAGCCUGCGCCGCCGCCGCAAGAGGCACCCGACGUGGUGGCCGACCGGCGGCCGCCCGUCAUCCUGCUGGACUCGGCGGCGCGGCCGCGCGACAUGGACGGCGUCACCUUCGGCUUCGACAUCAACGAGCAGCUGCUGAGCUCGGGCGCGCGGCGGCCGCGCUGCGACCUGCUGCGCGACGCGCCCGAGCCGGGCGUGCGCGUGCGCACCGCCUGCGCCGCGCUGCGCUACGUGGCGCCCGAGCCGCCGCCCGACACGGCGGCGCUGCUGCAGCUGGUGGACUACGUGGGCGCGGCGUGGGAGGACGUGGUGCGCUGCGGCGGCGGCAAGGUGCGCUACUUCAACGAGUAGCGCGCACGUCGCCCGCCGCGCCUGCUGUCUGCGUGCUAGUGCGUGAAUAUAUAUAUUGUGGGACGAACCCCAACAGUCUGGUUCGAUCGACACAGGAUCGAUCCUCGCGGGUGAUUGGAUCUAAAAUGUUCUUAUUACCGCUUAUAUAAGGAAAAAAAUGUAAAAAAGUUAUUUAAUGAUGAAUGUUCCUCAGUGCCCUCGAGACGAAAUAUCGAAAGACUUAGAGGGAGGUGACGAUACAAGUGCGUGUUGCAUCGUUGAUGCCCGUGUGGUGUGAGUGCGGACAUGGCGGGAGGUCGCCCUUUCGCUCGGUGUACUAUAAUGUAUGAUGCUAUUUUGCGACUCUGAUCGUUGUCUCGUUCAUACUAUCAAAUAUGUGAAGUGAUUACACUUUUUAGCCAGUGUUAUCACUGUCAUUGGAAAUUAAUUUAAUUUUGCUUAAAAGUAAAUGUGGCAAUAAGCAUUUAACAGUCCAAUUUGCACUUUAAAAAUCUUUUAUUUGUUAAAAUUGAUUUAGAGGAUGAUGUAAUUUAAGUUUGUGGUCUGGCGCGUGGAUAGCUUUGAUGCGUGUGAACUAGAAAUGUAAAGGACAUCAUUGUGUGUUUGAAAUUGUAGCAUAAGAUUAUGUCACUCAGCACUAUGUGAUUACAUUGUCUGCAUUUUCUCUUAUUUAAUCCAAAUCAUUAAUCAUUUAAAAAUCUUUUCUGUAUAUGUCACAUUCGAAUUCAAAUAGGAAUCCUAUGCAACCAGAAGAGUAAAUGAGAAUCUGAUGGUGCUGUCGGUAUAGCUCCAGUAGUUUGUUGAGAAUGGACAAUGGUUGUAAAAUGUAAUAAUUCCUGGUUUGUCCUAUCGCCAAGUACAAAAUCGCUGCUAGUUGUGUGGGUAGCGCCGGCGGCCGCCUGGCCCGCGAGCCGCGCCGCUGCCCGGAACAAACGUCUCGCGCCAGACAAACACUACUCAAGUUUUGGUUCCAGUUAAGAGGCAUGUAUUAUUUUGUUUCUGUUGAUUUUUUAUUAUGCUUUUGUUAUGCUGUAAUCACAAAUAUUUGGUAGAAUUUUCUAACUAGCCACUCAAGUCUAUUUUGUUAUAUAUUUUUAAGUUUUACCAUUAGAUACUACUGUAAAUAAAAUGAAGAUCUUAUAAGGAGUAACUGGCCAUAUUAUUAUGAAGGGGCAUAAUUCCUCUUGAACAUGAUCUUAUUUCUAAAGUGAUUAUUAUUUUUAAUUCUAAAUCCUUUCGCAAGUUUAUUUCAAUAUUCUAUAAGGAUCUAAUGUAACAUAAGUAAUGUAUUAUCUCCGCUGGUUGCGUGACAUUUUCCGUUAUUAAAAUAUGGAAUUAACGUUUAAUUAUCAUUCACAUUUAAUUUAUAUUUACUAGUAAGGUCAUGAUCAAGAUGAAGAUGAAUGUAUGGAGUAAUUAUGUGAAAUUAACACCAAAAUAAUUUGUAUUUGAAGAUUUGUGUUGUUAACCAACGCUUACGUGCCGUGUGCUUGUUGCCUGGCGGAUUCUUCAUUCAUGCUGUCAUGCAGGCCCUGUAUGGAGUGUAUGGCAAAUUAUAUAGUUCGACCAACCAAUCUCUAUAGUCAAUAAGGAGUGUUUUAAAAUUCAUUGUAGUCUUCUAGUGAUCAAAAACCACUACAUAUGAACUGAAACAUCCUUAGUUACUCUCAUUAUAAAUUAAAAUUUCCAAUUUUCUCAUGGAGUGACACAAUAUACUAAUUAAGAUAAUCAUGGUUAAUAUAAAUCACUCUGAACAUAAGGUGAGGUAUUAAUUAUGAUGCAAAAUAGUAAAAUGACCAUAAAGUAAAAAAUAUUAUACUCACGUGACAUUAUAGUAGCUAGGAAACUACAUUGAUUUUAAGAUUUCUACAUAGAAUGAACAACUCUUAAUACGAAACAAACUCUGUACAACUGACAUGAGAUCGGGAACAUUUUGUUUGUUACGGUGAGAACGAAAUGCCACCCAUGAUUUAUUUAUAAUGUAGAAUGUUAUCGUGUGGAUGUUAUCCUAGCCACUAAAAAUGCACGGUUUAUAAUUAUUAACUCAAGACUAGUCGAUACGAAAAUCUAAAAAAUAUUUUAGGAAUUAAAUUUUGCAAUGCGAUCUUUAAAAAUAUAAUACUUGUCACACGAAAGUAAAUGUUGCAAUUAGCAUUUCUAAUUUUACUAAGAUAUAAAAUUAGUCAUGUAUUGGAUUUUACUCUUAUCUUUUUAUAUUGGGUUACUUGGCAUACCUUUUCACAGUAAAAAUGCCAUAAUAGAUUCAAUUUAAAAUUACAAAAUUUUGAAUCAUCUAGAACAGUAAAUGGGAGACCUCGGAUUUAAACCCCUUUAAGCUAUAAAAGGAUUUUCUGUUGUCAAAAAUAUUUCACCAUAAUAAACAACAGUACUUGGACAACCUAAAAAUAUGUUAAAAUAAAUUUCAUACCUUUAUGAAUUUUAUACACAUUUUUAUUUUUAUGAAAUACAAAGUCAUGAUUUGCAGGCAAGGUAUAGUUAAUUGGAUGGUCUGUUAUAUAAUCGCUAACUAGCUUAGCUUUUGUUAUGAAUGUUGUCAAUAUAAAUAGGACUACUGUAGGAAAUUGAAACUCCUGUGUUAUAUGUUGCUGCGUCGACUAAGCCUAGGGACAAAUGGUUAAAUAAGUUUAUCACAUUGGUCACAUGUCUUCCAUAAAUUCUUGCUACUUAGUCAUUUCUUGGCAGUAUAUAAUAUAACAUAUAAUUUUAAGCUAUUUAGAUGUGCAUUUCGACAUGACAUGUUAAUAGGAAAUUAACUAUACCUUGGACCCGAUCCAUAUGAAAAUCUAACAAAUUUGAUGUUAUUUGCAAUAAAACUACAAAAUUAAAACAAUUUCAUUUUUAUUUUUGCAUAUAAUUAAGCUCCUCUAAUAUUGCGUCAGAAUGUUGACGUCGAUGUUGAUCUACAAAUUGUUACAAAACGAAAUCAGAAUGAACGGCCACAAUAUUGUAAAUAUAGUGUACAUUACUUUCAUUUUAUUUUCGGAGAGAUAGCGUUUUUUAAUAUUGUUGAGAUUGAUAUCAAUGUACUGAGAGGAAGCUCAUAUCAAAGGUAUAGAAAUUAUUUAUUAUUUCUUUCCCUUGUAAAAUAUGUAUAUAGAUAGAUAUGCAGAAGUUUCGGAAUUUUAUCGUUUUAAAGCAUCCUAGACGUUGUAGAUAAAAGAUCUCUGAUUGGAUGUUGUGACUUCACAAGGAACAGAGGCGCGUGGGACACCCGCUUCACGACGCCCGACCGACCGAGCGCCACGUGCUGCUAUCAUUCAUAGUUCUCAAAUCAAUGUACAUUUAUGGUUGUCAUUGUGUUUCGUUUUGCUUAUUGUGUAAUUAUGUAUUUGUUUGUUGCCAAACACUUCCGUUCCACGGCGUUUAAUGGGCUUAUGAUGAUACCCAUAGAAUCUCUGCGCUAUGUCAAGCAACGGUCGAGUUCGGGUUGGAUUUAAAAGUCGGAGCGGCGUGUUUUACCCGCGAGACUAAGGCGCUGAGCCUCGUCAAACUAAUGAUAAAAAUAUAUAUUGCAAUUUCUACGCAAGAAACAUAACCAUUUAAAUAUGUUAAUUUUAUUGUAUUUAAAAGCUACUUGAAUAUUUUUUUACGCAAAUUAUCUGGAGAUCUAAAAAUAUACAUAAGAGAAUAUAAUGAAAGUAUGGAUGAGCUAAAAUUAAUUAUCUUGAGCUAAAAUAAAUGUAAUUAUUUUAUCUAGGUAAUGGAGUGAUAACGCUUAGGAAAGCUAUUUGGCGAAGUGUAAAUGUAUAAAUAAAUUAAUGCUGAAAAUAAGGUUUGUACGAUUGCCGUGUUGUCUCAAUAAAUAUAGUCUGUGUCAUGAUUACUACGGAAUUAGAAUAAUGUCUUAACAAGGCUGCACAAGAUAUAUUUAUUAAGACAGAGGGACAAACGUUCUGUAUCAUAAUAUGUACCAAUAUGAGAAAUUUUAUUUAUCUGCUUUGCAUCUAACUGUUUAAUAAUUAUUCUAGGUUUUUACUCUGUUCGUUUCUAACAAACAUUACUAAUGUGUAUGCAUUUUAAUUAUAAACUUCUAUACGUUUAAUUAAACUUAUAAGACGACGUUCAAAUAUUUGUAAUAGAAAGCUACAAUAAAUUAUGAUAAAAUGGAUUUCCUGUAAAACAGAGUACAAAAAUUGGAUGCUCAAGCUGUCUGCUUUUCAAUGUUUAAUUACUUUUUGCAGUUUUUUUUUUUUUCAAUUUAGAACACAGCUUGUUGUAAGCACGUUGAACUUUCUUUUCUUUCCGUAUGCAUUUAUUAAAGUAAUCUCUCAAUAAUAAUCCAAUAAAUUCAACGUUUUACGUGGUAAUAAAAUAUUUUUAUUGUUGGAAAUGUAUUAAUUUUGUAAUUAGAUAUCAUACGAUCCACAUAAAUAAUGUAGCCCAUGUCCAUUAACUAUAACAAGACUCAUUACUUUUUUUUAUCACCUCAUACACACCAUCUUUUAUUAUCAAUUCAAUACGGCUUGGUGAUAGUAAACGAAACAACGCCGAGGUUUGAAUAUGAAGUUUAUUAUGAAUAGUGAGAAGACGAGACUGAUUUCUGCGAUUGAUCUCAAAUUCGGGAACAUGAUAAAUUAUGCUGUUAUCAAUAUACUUUGAUUUUUAGCUGGGCCUCACGUGCUUUCAACGUACAUUCUGCUUAAUUCAUAGAAGUAUCUAAAAUUAUCAUGAUUGAAUUUCUAUAAUAGUUGAACGUCGUCUUAAAUAUUUAAAUUGUUGGUAGUUUACCAAUGAACUGUUAUCGUAUUAUAUAAGCCUGCUCUAGAAAACUGGUCAUGUAGUAAAUAUUUGUUAUUAAAAUAAUAUUCAUAACAGUCGUGGCAAAUAAAUAGUUACGUUUGCAAUGUUAUUAAAAUUAGUACCUAUUAUAGACAUGUGUGUAAAAUAUCUCUACAAUUAAAGAAUGAUGUUAAAUGUUAUUUUUAUACAAAAUUAGAAUAACCACGACCUUUAUUACGUUCGUACAAGCGCUAAAAUAUUAUUUAUUUGAUCAAAAACUUUUUCAUGUACUUUUUUAAAAGAUGUUCCUUUUUGAAUGAGAAUAGAGUAAAAAUUUAGUACCGAUAUUAACUGUAAUACAUUUGUUUAUAUAAACAAUAUUGUAACCAACUGCAAUUUACAGUUAUGUACUUUUUCACUGUUUCCGUUUUCUUAAUAAAAUGUUGAAAAUACAA